AUGCGUGGCGAGUGCCAUGUAACUCGGACGUUACUUACAGAAGACGCACACUUGCCCAGUCUUCCUAUGUAUGAUGUGUUCUUGGGAGGAUCUUGUGGCAGUACAGUAUGGCGUCGUCAGCUUGUCAUACCAUUCCUUAAGAAAAAAGCCAUCUCUUACUAUGAUCCUCAACGAAGUGUCUGGAGCGAGAAUAUGAUUUAUGAAGAGAGUGUUGCUAAGGAAAGAUCAUCGCUGUUCUUGUUUGUCAUUGACCCUGCCACUGUCAAUGCCACGUCAUUUCUUGAGAUCGCCUAUUUUGCAGCAAGAAAAUCUCCAAAAUUAAUCGUUGUGUUUCUCGGGAAAACCGAAUGGAAACAAAAAGCUCAUCCAGACGAUCUGCCAGAUAGAAAUAGAACUUGCUUGCUUCUAGAUAGGAUAUUGGACGCUCAUGACGUUCCCAUGCUCUAUAGCAUACAGGACGCGUUGUACUAUAUUGAAGAAGAAAUAAUUGGAAGUAAGCGAUGGGCGGAUGCGUUGCGUAUUCCUUGCCAGCGUCUGACAUUUCUCUCUCUUCGAACACGAAAAGUCGCGCGAGCUGCACAGUUUCGAGCACGAAGGGUAUGGUUCCGGAUGCGGACGUGUGCACGACGUGCCACCUUAGCUGGUCUGGCUGAUACAAUCAUAUUCAUCGCAUGUCAGGUCGUCGCACCUAACAUUCCAGUCUACUUCAUUCUUCUACCACUUUUCUUGCUCAAUGUCAUUGUUAUGUACGCUACUGAACGAUGGCAACGAUACCGAGCACGCCGCCCGCGUACCGUUGCCGAUUCCUCAUAUUUCUCUCUACGGGCUUCCGCUGCGAUUCCAUCUCCACGUAUGGCAACUGUUGUUACACCUCUUAAUCCUGCUCAUGGAAAAAAUAACUUAAUUCGUUCGAAAGAAUUUUGUGACGGUGUUAUUGACAACGGAUCAUCAUCAUUCAUUGUUCCUGAGCUGUUGAGACGACGCACCCAGAACGGAAGAAUGUUGAAUUUGCCGUCACCUGUGCAGAUAGAACUAGCGUCGAGUGCUCUGGAAGAGAACUCUUGGCUCACUAGGGUCGUCGUCCCACAUAUGGACCGGCAUAACCUUAGAUAUUCACGGUUUAUGGUGACGAAUGACGUCGAACCAGAAUGUCGUGUUAAGUGCCUCAUGACGUGGGCUUCGCAGACAAAACACUUCCUCUAUCACAUCCCAUCUACGAAGACGUUCCUAUCGGGACUGGUUGAAGUUGCCUACAUACUAGGACAUACUAAUUGGCAAGUAACUGUUUGUGUCCCAAAGAAAGCAGAGGCUCUAGAAGCACCGUCUACUAUUGAGGGGGAACUAGAACGAGCGUCGAGAAGACGCCGAAAUGACUCCUACCAGAUUGCGUUUUGCUACCUCAAAGAUAUGGCCAAACGACGGCAAUGUCGUGUCUUCUCUGAGUUAGACGAUGCCCUUCGUUACGUAACUAAUGUGUCAUUUGACCGAUUGUGA